UGUUGAAUGUUAUCGCUCAUUACUUUUAUAAAUAAUUCAAAACUCAGCAGUACUUUAUAGUUUGAUAUAAUUCAUCAUAAAACACUGGAGAAAUAUUGCCUGUAAUUUAAUAUUAAAUCAGCUUGAUAAUAAACUAUUAAAUCAGCUUGAUAACUUAAAAAUGGAGACUAAAAAUUUGCUUAUUUCGCUAUGUCUUACCCUGAUAAUGCUUACUUUAUUCGCACAAAGUGAACUGAUUAGCAAACUGAAGUAUAGUAAUCAUCUGGAUGUACCAAAAAUUGACCUCUCCAAAUUCGCGAAGGGAGUGGACUCCAUCAAAACCGACAUGAAGCAGAAACUGGCGACGACGUUGAAUAAAGCGUCCGACAAGAUGUACAAAGUGGACUCGCUGAUGCAUUCGGCCAGUGACUGUGGACCUUCUUCGGAACUUGUUCACAUCGACGAACUGUCUUUCUCUCCUGACAGCAUCUCGGUGCCUGGAAAUCUGACUGUGAAUGCCAAGGUCACCUUGGACAAAGACCUACAGGCUCCAAUUUCGGCGACAGUGGUGAUGCAGAAGAUGUUUUUCGGCCACUGGAUCAACAUCCCCUGCACUUCAGACAAUAUCGGCAGCUGCUUCUAUGAAGACGUUUGUCAACUACUCCCUAAUGCCGACCAGCCAGACAACACCCCCUGUCCGAAAGAGUUGAGUGACCUUGACUUACCCUGUAAAUGUCCUUUGCAAAAAAGGAUCUACGAAGUGAAACAACUGCAGAUCCAGAUCCCCAAACCAGAUGUGAACUUACCCCUUCAGGGUCAGUACCAGGUCAACGCCCAGCUGACACUCAAAGAGGAGGUAAUCGGGUGCGUGGACAUCACCUUUACGGUGGUCCAAGCGAAGAAAUAGAAAAAGGGGGAAAACAACGAUGGAACAACUAAUUGAGACGAGACAAGCACUAAUGAGGCGAAGAUGUGAUUAUAUUCGCAACUUAUUUGGAAAUCAUGUUACAAAUUAUAGGGGCUAUUAAAAUAUAUUUCAGAAAUUUUUAAUGAUUAUAGGAAACA